UCGUCGUCGUUGUUGUCGUCGUCGUUGUUGUCGUCGUUGUCGUUGUUGACCCGCAGACCUGGUGCACCGGAUGGACGAGCGGGAGACCUGGGACCGGAUUUACGAGGAGAGCUCACGGGGCGACGGCGUCGGCGACGGCUUCGGGCACCUCGACUGGUUCUUCCCCUACGGGUUCGUCUCGGGCCUCCUGGCGUCCCUGCUGGCCGGCCCCGGGGUCCGGCGGGCGCUGGACCUGGGCUGCGGCACGUCCGGCCUGGGGCCCGGCCUGUACGCCCGCUGCCCCUUCCCCGUCCGCGUCACCGGCGUGGACUUCUCCCCCGUCGCCGUCCGGCUCAUGCGGGAGCGGUUCGGGGGUCUGCCCCCCUCGCCCCCGGCCCCCGCCCUCGCCCCGGGGCACCCCGCUUCGCGCCUGGACUUCGUGUUGGCCGACGUGACGGACCUCUCCGCCUUCCGCCCGUCCUCCUUCCACCUGGUGCUGGACAAAGGAACCUCCGACGCUCUGCUCCGAUCGCCAGGUGACGCCUUAGCCUCGCCCUCUCGCGUUCCCCCCCCCCCCCCCCGAAACUCUGAUGUCACUAACGCGCUCGCAUCCAGGGCGUGUCCCAGCCGAGCCCGGCUGGUUUUGUCCGGAAUUCACAGCUCCUCAUUGUUCGACGCAACGCAACAGAGCCAGAGAUUGGAUUAA